GGCGGUGCUCGAGUCUGGAUGCGGGAAGGCAGCCAACGCUUCUGACAGCAAUACGAAAAGACACUUUAUCCUAGAAGGCUCACCGGUCUGUUUGAUUGAGCCUGGAGCCUUAUGCCAUGCACUCCUUUUCGUCGCGCCUCGCUAGUGGUGGCUGAGGUUGAGUAUUGCCCAUCAUAUGAAGGAUGACUUCGCAGACGAAGCCGCGCACCACACGCAAGCGCGCAAUCAAUCUCCGCUUCCAUUACCUACCCGGCAUAUCAUCUUCCAUCUCGUCAUACUCCUCUGUCACUGUCACGUGGUCCUCUAAAUGGGUCUCCGCAAAUGGCUUGGCCGACCUAUGAGAGGCCACCAUCUUGGUGUUGAAGAUUUGACCAGAGGUGACGAGGGCGUUCCCGCUACAAAGCGUCGUCGAUGGGCACUUCAGACAAUCGAUUCGGCCCCAUUUCAGGCCUGGGUCGUCGUCGUGGCAGGCAUUGGCUUCUUGACAGACUCCUUCGCUCUCUUCUGUCUGAAUGUCGUCACACCAAUGAUCGGUUAUGUCUACUGGUCACACAACAAGGACAGCGAUGGCACGCCGCAACUUCCAGCUUCGGUAAAAACUGCGUUGAUGUGUUCAACCCUCGCCGGAACUAUGUUCGGACAGAUCGCUUUUGGUGUCGCUGCCGAUCAACUUGGCCGCAGAAAAAUGUACGGGCUCGAGCUCGUUAUUGUCAUCGCGGGAACGUUCCUGAUGAUCAUGAGCUCAAACGGCGAAAAGAACAGUAUGUCCGUAGGCGGAUGGCUCAUCGCAUGGCGGACCAUAAUGGGCCUGGGAAUCGGCGCGGACUAUCCUCUCUCUGCUGUUAUUACGGCUGAGUUUGCUCCAAGGAAGCAUCGCGCCCGUAUGCUUAGUUGGGUCUUCUUUGCGCAACCCAUCGGCCAGCUCCUAGCUAACGUACUCUCCCUCGCGGCCGUUGAAGGAUUCAAAUCCCAGAUUACCACGCUGAAUCCGGCAUGUGCUGACGGUGACGAAGGCCUGCGAUGUUUCAAGGCCAUCGACCGGUUAUGGAGGAUCGUGGUGGGAAUAGGUAUGAUCCCAGCAAUCAUUGCUCUUGCUUUCCGCUUCACGAUUCCCGAAUCUCCUCGAUAUAAGCUCGACAUCUUGCGCAAUGUCCACACGGUGUUUGAAGAUACGAAGGACUAUUUUGGGGGGCCCGAAGUAGAUGCAGAGGGUGGUGAACUGGAAACAAUGCCCACCAGCCCAAACAUAGAUGACCAAGAUCUCUCUCGAGUCUCGACGUCGUCUGAGAUCGCUCUGGAUGAGGUAGUAGGUAGUGACAGUGAAUCCGAGCGGAGGCCCAGUUCCGUCCACCAACGUCCAACAUCGUUUCACCACAUCCAGUUACCACCGGGUGACCCGAGUUAUGUCCCCCCGCUUGCCUCUUGGGCAGACGCGAAAGACUUCUUCAUUGUUCAGGGAAAUUGGCAAUAUCUUCUUGGCACUUCUCUCUCAUGGCUGUUUUUGGACUUCGCAUUCUACGGUUUGGGUCUUUCUUCUCCCGAUAUCGUCCGUCAUAUCUGGCAAAAUCCUGGGUCAGACAAAUCAGCAUCAUCUGUCUUUGAUGCUCUGCGCGAUAACAGUCUACACACCCUCAUCAUGGUCUCUAUCGGCGCGGUGAUUGGUGGCGCUGCGAUGAUCAAGGUCAUUCGGUACGCGAGUCCCAAGGUGAUCCAAUUCUGGGGGUUCCUGGUUCUGUUCCUACUCUUCAUCGUCACCGGCAGCGCGUGGACCAAGCUCCUUGACAGUAGUCGCUCCGGAUUGAUCGUUCUCUACGUUUUGUCGCAGAUUGCGUUCAACCUCGGACCCAAUGUCACGACGUUCAUAAUUCCUGCUGAGAUAUUUCCGACUCGUUACCGCUGCACUGCGCACGGCAUUGCAGCAGCAUCUGGCAAGCUUGGCUCUUGGCUUGUGCAGAUUUUCCUCGCCUAUGCUUUCAAAUCAAAUUCACAGGAAGAACGAUACGACUGGGAACGCCAAAACUUCGGACACGUGCUGCAAGUCAUGUCAGCCUUCAUGGUCGCGGGAGCGAUCGUCACGUAUUUCCUGGUCCCGGAGACCAGGGACCAUGAUGGCAAGAGUCGGACCUUGGAGGUUUUGGCAGGCGGGAAGAAGGUACUGGAUGAGCUAAACAAGCAAAGGGCGCAAGAGGAGGACUGAUCGUUUCCAGCAUACGUCGUUGGCUGCAAUAGCGAGUACUGAUC